UAUCGCAGCGCAGUGAAAAUUCGUGAAAAAUGCAAUUUUUCCAGUAAACUAAAAACAAUAACCAUGUGAAGAGUGUGAUUUAAAGUGUAAACUUGUUUGUGCACCAAGUGAAACGGUGAGUUGAGCCUGAAACACGUCGGAAUUGAAAACAAAGGAACCAUUUGCAUGGGGCCAAUAGGGUGUGGGAGUGUGCCUGUGAAAUUGUUACCAGUGUGUGUGUAUGAUUCUGACGCGUCAACAAAUACACAUGACACGAUUAAGUGCUAAUUGGCCAGGCGGAAGUGCAAAAAGCUUAGAUGUGCGUGUGUGAGACCGUUAUGUCUGCGCUAAAAUACGAGUGGCACAGUUUGCGUAGGAAACCCGUUAUGCUGACUCGUUUACCUUGCUCCAAUUUGCUCGAAAAAAAGCGAAAACUCAUCUAGCCAGCAAACUCAAGACCAACAACAACAGGUUAAUGCUUCUCAAACAGCUGUUUGCCGGUCUCUCUUGCUCUCCUUUUCUGAUCGACAACGGCCAUCAGUGGUUCUCAAAAUGUAUCGCUGACAAGUGAAUGUAAAAAUGGACCGAAGAUGCAUUUCAUUUGAUAUCGUUUAUAAACAGCGACCAUUUUUCCGCCUCAUCCGCAAGGGGACGCUCGGAAACUGAGGAGGAGGCUUUAUCCGAAAUGGAGCUGGCCCACACUUUGACCCUUAAUGAGGAGGCUCUCAAGCAGUUGCCCGAACACAAGCGGCCUGUGUUCGAGUUGGAAUGGCUGCGCUACUUGGAGAAGGCCCUGUCACUGGUGUCCAAAGCGGAGAUCAAGGCGAGCCAGAAGAAGCUGGUGCAGCAGCUCUCUGAACGAAUCCAGGGUGCUCCAGGUCCGCCCAUUCGUAAGCUCAUUGCUAGCUCGUUGGCCACGCUAUUCUCCGUCGGUGACACCUUCAUGCUUUUUGACACCGUCAACGCCUGCAAUGACAUCCUGAAGAACAAGGACGAUUCGCCCAGCUACUUGCCCACCAAGCUCGCCGCCAUCUGCGUGCUGGGCUCGAUGUAUGAGAAGCUGGGCAGGAUGAUGGGCCGUACCUACGAGGACACGGUGCAGAUCCUCAUUCGAACGCUUCGCAACGCUGAGUCUCAGGCGCGAAUUGAGAUCAUGCACACGCUGGAGAAGGUGAGCGCUGGCAUGGGAACCGCCAUUGCCAACGUGCACAAGGAUAUUUACAAGGCGGCCAAGCAUUGCCUAUUGGACCGAGUUAUGGCUGUUCGCGUGGCUGCAGCCCGCUGCAUCCUCAAAAUGAUAUACAGUGCACCAUUCCUGUAUCAAACGGAGUUGGAAAGCCUGGGAACAUUGUGCUUCCGAGCCUUCGACGGCAGCAACUACGAAGUGCGAUGUGCGGUAGCUCAGCUGCUUGGAACACUUCUGGCCUACACUCAACAACUGGCCGAGGCCGCAACAGGCAAAAAAAAACAGGGACAAGCGGUGGCUAUACAGGCAGUCAAGGGAGCUACCCAACGUUUGGUUUCCCUCGAUGAAGCUCUGGGCAUCUUGAUGUCAGGUUUCCUUCGAGGUGGCGCCUCUUUUCUCAAGGGUACCGGAGAGAUUAUCAAAGGCAGCUCAGGAGUCAACCGCGAAGUCCGAGUGGGUGUGACGCAUGCCUACGUGGUUUUUGUGCAAUUCAUGGGCAGCGUUUGGUUGGAACGACAGUUGAACACUUUUCUGGCACACGUUUUGGAUUUGGUGGCCAAUCCAAAGGCAGCGUGCUCCCACGUGGAUGCAGUGUAUUCGCGCAAAUGCAUCAGCUUUAUACUCCGUUCAACAAUUGGUAAGAUGCUAGGCGAAAAGGCGCAAAGCGCUGCCUGCAAGGAACUGGUCCAUCUGGUAGCCAAACAAAUGAACUCUAUUGACUUCAACCCCGAGAACGCCAAGGAUUCCAAUCAAGAAACGUUGUUCAGUCAGCACCUGCUCGUGUGUGCCCUCCAGGAACUGAGUUCUCUACUUAUUGGAUUAGGAACCACGGCUCAGAAUUUGUUGGGAGAUCAAUCCCUGCAAGCUAUUGAUGCCACCUGUGCCGUUUUGGUACAUCCCUGUGCCGCUGCUCGUUUGGCUGCCGCUUGGUGCUUACGAUGCGCUUGUGUGGCGGUUCCUGGGCAAAUUACGCCUCUGAUUGAUCGAUUUGUAGAGGCCAUCGAGCAGAUGCGAUCCUCGCCAGAAGCAAUGGCCGGAUAUAGCUGCGCUUUGGCGGCAAUUUUGGGAAGCGUUCGUUACUCGCCAUUGGGCAUACCCCACACAAAAGGCAAGGUCGUGUUCAACUGUGCGGAGGAACUGCUGCGAUCUGCUUCCCAGAAUAGCCGCAUGUCGCUGCACCGUACCCAGGCCGGCUGGCUAUUAAUUGGAGCAAUAAUGACUUUGGGAUCGCCGGUAGUCAAGGGACUGCUGCCGCGGAUGCUGCUAUUGUGGCGGAACUCUUUUCCGCGGUCCAACAAAGAGCUUGAAUCGGAAAAGGCGCGUGGCGAUGCCUUCACCUGGCAGGUGACGUUAGAGGGCAGAGCUGGAGCUCUCUCUGUAAUGCACAGCUUCCUGCUUAAUUGCCCGGAUCUGCUCAACGAAGACAUAACCAGGCGACUGCUCACCCCCAUCGAAAGCGCCCUGGCCAUGCUGGUCAACUUGGCAUCUGUCCUGAAGAGCUAUGGAACCCAGCUAAAGGCUCCGGCAGCUAUGGUGCGGCUGCGUCUCUUUGAAACGCUGACUCUGCUGCCGGCUAAUGCUCUAGAGGCCUCCUAUACACAUCUUCUUCGCAUGCUCGUCUCGGAGUUUACUCUUUCGGAUAACGCGGCCAACACUACGAACUCACUGUUGCGGACGCUUUGUCAUGGAGAUGAUUCUAUCAUACUGGGCACUUGGCUGCAGGAAACUAAUCAUCGCACCAUUGAGGAUCAGAUGGAGCCCAAUCGCAAAGUCGAUGGCGAGCAUCUGCAACCCAAUAGCGCCGCGGGAUCUGGCGCCUUAGAGCACGAUCCAUGCUGUCUGUACCGUCCUAGUUGGUCUGCGCAAGGUACUGGAUCCAGCUCCAAUGGUUCCUCAGCAACAUCCACCAAUGGAAGCAGCAGCGGUGGAGGAAGCAACAUCCAACAGAUCAGCAAGGCCCAACAGUGUCCAGGACCAUUGCCACUCGGAGUAGCAGUGAUCGAUAUGGCAGUGACUCUUUAUGGAACCAUCUUUCCCAAGGUGGCAAACAAGCAUAGGCUUCAGAUGCUAGAGCACUUUACUGAGUGUAUUCGCCAGGCCAAGAGCAGUCGCCAAGAAGCCGUCCAAAUGAAUAUCUUCACAGCUCUGCUUUGCGCUCUAAAAAAUCUGACAGAUAGCAAGACGAGCCUAGGCCAAGAGGAUGUACGAAAGAGUGCCACGGCAUUGGUAGUUGCUUCGUUGACGAGUGCCAACUCCACAAUCCGGUGUGCGGCUGGAGAGGCCUUGGGUCGGUUAGCCCAGGUUGUUGGAGAUUCUCAUUUUACCGCGGAGUUGGCUCAAAAUAGUUUUGAUAAACUAAAGUCUGCUAGAGAUGUGGUUACGAGGACUGGACAUUCACAUGCCCUGGGCUGCCUGCAUCGCUAUGUGGGUGGCAUGGGCUCGUCGCAGCAUCUGAGCACCAGUGUGUCUAUCCUUCUGGCCUUGGGUCAAGAUAGUGCAUCGCCAGUGGUACAGGCUUGGUCGCUUUAUGCUUUAGCGCAGAUUGCCGACUCUGGAGGACCCAUGUUCCGCGGCUAUGUGGAGGCAACCCUGACGCUGUGCCUGAAACUUCUACUUACCGUACCCCACGCUCAUGUUGAUGUACAUCAGUGCGUGGGCCGCGUAGUCAAUGCGUUGAUCACCACCGUGGGACCGGAGUUACAAGGAGGAGGUGGAGCAGUGGCCAGCAUGAGAGGAUCAUUCCUCUGUUCAGCAGCUCUCCUUCAAUCGCACUCGGAUCCACUUGUGCAAGCUGAGGCAAUUGGUUGCCUGCAGCAGCUACAUCUUUUUGCUAGUAAAUCUCUGCAACUAGAAGAGUUGGUACCCACGCUUGUUGGAAUGCUAGCCUGUAACUAUUUCAUACUUCGCAAGGCCUCCGUUUCCUGUCUCCGGCAGUUGGCCCAUCGGGAAGCUAAAGAAGUGUGUGAAUUAGCGCUAACUAUUAACGCGGAACAACUUCCUGAUUUGGUAAUUACGGAGUAUGGACUUCCAGGAUUGCUUUUCUCUCUGCUCGACACCGAAACGGAUGCCGAGAUGCUGAGAAACAUUCAUGAUACACUUACUUCAAUGCUCCAAAUGCUGGCUGCAGAUAAUCUCAGCUCCUGGUUGAGUCUGUGCAAGAAUGUGUUAACCGUUGCUGUGGAAGGAGGACUAAAUGAUGAUCCCGCUGGUGGGGAACAAAGCAAGAGCAAAGAUGCUGGAGGAGAAGAUGAGGACGAAGACGAGGAGGAAGAGUAUGCUGAUGAUGUAACAGAAUACCGAGCAGAGGAGAACACAUCCACCCAUCCGGCAGUGCAGCCAAGGUGGCCCACUCGUGUUUUCGCCGCCCAGUGCGUGCGACGGAUCCUAGCCAGCUGUGAAGCUGCCAGUUCAGUGCACUUUGAUCUCUUGCAGGCGAAAGAACAGCAGCUCAUUCGCUCUCGCGGAGACUACCUCAUCCUGCACUUGGCGGAACUUAUUCGAAUGUCCUUCAUGGCCGCCACCUCGGACUCGGAUCAAUUGAGAUUAGAAGGAUUGCGUACUCUGCAGGAAAUAAUCGAUCGAUUCGCUAACGUUCCAGAACCGGAAUUCCCUGGUCAUCUACUCUUAGAGCAGUUCCAGGCUCAGGUGGGAGCUGCUUUGCGUCCUGCUUUCGCGCCGGAUACCCCAUCUCAUGUGACGGCUGCUGCUUGUGAAGUUUGCUCCGCGUGGAUUGGAUCUGGAGUGGCUCGCGACAUUGGGGAUCUAAAAAGAGUUCACCAGCUGCUAGUCAGUUCCCUUGAUAAGCUUUCCUCAAAAACCAACAGCACUCAGUUAUAUAACGAAUCCAUGGCUACUUUGGAGAAGCUAAGCAUCUUAAAGGCGUGGGCAGAGGUUUAUAUUGUGGCCAUGAUAGGAAAUGGAAAGGCUCCGGCUUCCUUACUGAAUCUCCAAUCCCAACAGUCCGGCUUACAAUCCUUAACCAAUGUGGAAACGGACUCGGAUGUUCCUGACAGUAGAGGUGAAAGUCUUCUAGGAUUAGUGCAACCUGAGCUCCACAAUCUUUCGACCCACUGGCUGAGUGCUAUGAAGGAUCACGCCUUGCUGCUGCUACCUGCGGAGUUCCAAUCCCAACUACCACACGACGGAGGAGCUUUUUACACCACGGACACAAUUAACUCGUCAAAACCACAUUACAUGACCAGUUGGCCCCCAAUCCUCUAUGCUUCCGCACUAUGGUUAAGGGAUGAGGGAUUCGCCCGCCAUCUAGAUACAAGUGAAGCCGCAGCGGAAUCCAACAAUAAUCAGAUCACUCACGGAUCUUUGUCGGCGGAUCGCUUCCAUAUGAUCUUCGGCAUCUGCAUGGAGGCACUCUGCAGCAUGAGAAGUUCUGAAAGGCCCAGAAACAUUGUGAGCUGCCUUCGCUCACUGCACAGCAUCUUUGAUUCUGAUUGGGCUAGGAGACAGUUGGUCAAGGAUCGGGCUUUAACCAUUGAACUCUGUCAUGUUCUACACCGUCAGAUACUGACGAGAGAUGAAUUACUCGUACAACUUCUGUGCGUGGAAAUUUUGAAGCAAACAAUCCGUGCUGCUAGGGAAGAUUUGGAAAGAAAACGGGACGAUAAUGCAAAUUCUGAAGAGGGGGAUGGAGAGCGACAUGGUGAAGAUGAUUCCAUGCAGCCAGGAAGCUCGCAUGUCUACGCCGUUCUGGAGGUUUGUCUCUGUCUAUUUGUUCGCCAAAUACCUACGAUGAAUCCCACGAGGCAGGGAGCUGGUGGCUCCGGCUUGCAGCUGGACUUUGCCUAUGCCAAAAUGGCCACUGGCUCGUCAUUCUUCUCGGUGCUGGGUGAUGAAAACGGCCUGCUAGUAGCCAGCGGACUGCAGUGCGUCGAACAGUUGCUGGAUUUGUGUACUCCUAAAGGUGCCCUUGCAAUCCUGCCCACCGUCCUGUAUAUGACAACUAGUAUCGUUAAGGAAAUCGCCAACAAGUCGGCCAUAGAUAGUACUAUUUUGGCAAAUACGUGUGCUGUGAAGUCAGCCCUACACUGCUUGCGAUCCGUUUGCGUCCACAAGUGGGCUAAAGUAGAGGAGACAACCGAGGAAUGGCAACAGUUACUUCAAAGUGCCCUGGCCACCAUUGUGGAUCUCACCAAAACGGCUGGCGAUAACGAAGAAAGGAAAGUCGACGAGGUCACUAUGCUGCUGGCCAUCACUGUUUUCAUCCUGCAUACGCCCGCCUCCGUUGUGUCUACUCCUUCAUUGCAAUAUCCCUGCAUUAAUCACUUCCGGCAGUGCCUGCAGUCGGAGCACCUCUCCGUGAAGCUGCGCUGCAUCGAGACCACUCGGUCGAUUUUCGCUCGGGCCGAAUUGAAGACGGCAACACCAUACAUCCACGCACUCGCACCUAGGAUAAUCGAAUCGUUGUAUGCGGAGUCCAGCAAGGUGCCCACAGGCGAACUGGAGCUACAGGUCACCCUUGAGAGCAUCGUUACUGUGGAGCAACUUAUAGACUUGUCGGAGCCACAAAACCGAAACAUGAACUUGCUACAAGAUAUUCAAAUGUUGACUCUGUUGGUCCCUGUGCUCAUUGGAUAUCUAGCGGAGCCCAGUCGACUCCGGACGCUGCCAAAGUUCCAACGGCAGCUCCACGACCAGGCGCUGCAGUGGCUACUGAAGAUCGGUCCUAAAUAUCCGCAGGAAUUCAAAGCCCUGAUGGGUCAAACACCGGAACUGCGACAAAAACUAGAAGCGGCCAUUCGCAGCCAACAGCAGUCGAUUAACAUUGCCCAGAAAGCAAGCGAGGCGCAGAGGAACCUGCUGGCUAAGCCGCAGAAGCCCACGAUCAAGCUGAAGACGGAUUUCAGUAACUUCCAAUGAGCGCCCCCUCCGGGAUUCGAACAAA